AUGGUGGGGGAGGAUAUCUUGCAGGGUAUUGAACAUGUUGAUUCUGAAAUUGUUGCUGUGGUUGAGGCUGCAGACCAAGUACGGUUUGGGGCUGAUACUGUAGCUGGGGUUGAGGAUGGGACUGCGAAUGAGGUUGGGGUCGAGGAUGUGAUGCUUGCGGUUCACUAUGAGGUUGCGAAUGUUGCUGAGGGCUAUACUGAUGAUGUUGCAGUUGUUGCUGAAAUGCACGUGGGGAUUGUGUUAGGGGUUGUGAUUGCAAUUGCUCAGACUGGGGCUGGGACAGCCCCUGUUGGGUUGGUUGAUGAUGCUGUUGUUUUGAUUCAUAAUGUGUACGUAGUUGUCCAGAUGAGGGUGGGGUUAGGGAUUGAGAUUGGGAUUGAUCCGUCUGUUGUUGAGACUGGGUUUGAACAGGCUGAUGGUGCAUAUGUUGUCUGUGGAGAUGUACAAACGGGGGCAGGAGGGUUGGAAAGAACUAAUGCAUUGGAUGGGACUGAGCUUGAGGGGUUUGGAACAUGUGGAGUUGAGCUGCUUGUGUUAACUGACACUGAAUUUUCGCUGGAAUCAGUUGAAGUCACUGCCUGA